AUGCACGAGCGUGUAGAAUACAGGCUUAAAGAUGAAUUAAAGAGGAAGUCACUCGUUUGCAGCAGCAUAACAAUUGGUCCAUUUUUUCUCAUUGACCAGAUGGAAGCGUGGAAGUGCUCCAAAACAAGUGUGAAUGAAACAGCUCUGACUGAAUUCCUCAUCUUGGGGUUCUCCAGUCUACAAGAUCUUCAGCUGCUGCUUUUCUUUGUCUUUCUCACCACUUACGUCUGUACUCUGGUGGGGAACAUCUCUAUCAUUACCGUUGCUUGCCUGGACCCUCAGCUUCGCACACCCAUGUACUUCUUCCUAGGGAACCUCUCCUUUUUGGAUAUCUGUUAUACCACCACUAAUGUCCCUCAGAUGCUGGUGCACCUGCUGUCUGAGAGGAAGAGAAUCACAUAUGCUGGUUGUGUCAUUCAGUUGUACUUCUUUGUCUCCUUUGUGGGGACUGAGUGUAUUCUUCUGGCAGCCAUGGCCUAUGAUCGUUUUGUAGCUAUCUGUCACCCAUUGCAUUAUACAGCCAUGAUGAGAAAAGAACUUUGCCUCCAGUUGGCUGGUGCCUCCUGGGCAAGUGGUUUUCUCAAUUCUGCUUUUCACACUUAUUUCAUUUUCUGCCUACCUUUCUGUGGGGCCAAUGAACUCAGCUACUUCUUUUGUGAUAUCCCUCCCCUCCUGAACCUUUCCUGUGGGGACACCACCCUCAAUGAAAUCGUUCUUCUUGUGCUUUCGGUCUUCAUAGGAUGGGCCCCACUUGUCUGCAUAGUUCUGUCCUACGUCUACAUUAUCUCCACGAUCCUGAAGAUAAGCUCUACUGAAGGGAGACACAGAGCAUUUUCCACUUGUGCCUCACACAUGACUAUUGUCCUCAUGUAUUAUGGGAGCGCCAUCUUCACUUACGUCCGGCCGGUGUCAACUUAUUCAUUAGACAAAGACAGAAUAAUUUCUGUCCUUUACAGCAUUGUUACACCCAUGUUAAACCCUUUGAUCUAUACCUUGAGAAACAAGGAUGUAAAAAGUGCUAUGAAAAGAAUCUUAAUGGACAAACUGUAUUCGAAAUGA